AUGGACACCGGUAUUCAUCAAAUGCUGUGGCUUUACAUAUUUGUGCUACUGUGCUCCGUGACCAGUGGACAAGACUACAUUCCACCGGAAAUUGCUGGUACUCAUGUAGAUGAGACUCGUGGCUAUGAAUUACGUGACUUUCAAUUGAUACCACCAUACAGGAAUUUGGACGACUGGAUUCUUUAUGGAGAUGCUUUCGCGUCAAGGCAAUGGAUUCGAUUGACAAGAGAUGAACGGUCACUAAGCGGUGCCGUUUGGAGCAAGAACAGGCUUUCGGCAAGAGAUUGGGAAGUUCAGGCACAUCUGCGGUUAUCAUCUGACGGCGGCAUACCAGCAGACGGAAUGGGAAUCUGGUAUACCGAAAAAUAUGGUUCCGGAACGGCAUGGGGAGCGCCAGCGCGGUUCAAUGGAAUUGGAGUGGUCUUGGAUACAUAUACGAACGAGGCGGGUGCGAAUACUGCACAGGGGGCUCGUCUUUUCAUAUUGGUCAAUAGCCCAGCUCAGGGUGCCGAGGUUGACGUGAAUUUGGAUGGUAAUAAUAUCAAAGUCCUGCCAGAAUGCCAAUUCAGAGCGAAUCGCGUCGUUGCCCAAUACUCUGCUGAUCAUCCAGUUCCUACAAUUAAGAUCCUCAUCAGAUACGCUAGAGACGUCUUGCAGGUUUUCUAUUCGUUGCCAAAAGACAACGAUAAUCAGUGGACGCAUUGCACGAAUGCGUCUAAUUUGUACUUACCAGUGGACUACCACAUGGGAAUAUCAGCUGCCACUGGCGAUCUUACGACAGGUCACGAUAUACUGUCGUUCAAAGUUUAUGAGAUUGAUACGUUCCGUACAUCAUCCGAUAAGCCGGUCACAGAAGUGCAGUACUAUGGAGGUUACAUGCCGGCGCGUGAGUUUUUAGCAUCGCUUUAUAUAACUGCUUGUGAGUGGUGCGUUGCAAGAUUUCAUUUUCCUGUUGCUAGCAACGAAGGCAACUGCGAGCUAGCGUACCAGCAUCUAUAA